GUCUGCUACUACAAAACCGUUUGGGGCCAAUUUGUGUAUGAUGACGUCAGAGCAGUCGUGAACAAUAGGGAUGUGUCAAACCCAAUGUCUUUCCUGGAUUUGUUCCAUCAUGAUUUCUGGGGCAUGGAUGUGGCGAGCGAUGCAAGUCAUAAGUCCUACAGACCUCUCACUGUUCUUACUUUUAGACUUAAUUACGUCAUAUCCGGCUUCAAUCCAUCUCACUUCCGGCUAACAAACCUACUCCUCCACCUUGUGACCAUCACCAUGUUUUCACAUUUCUCCCGCCACGUAAUCCAACUUAACCGGAAGUGGUCGUGUGUGGCGGGAAUGUGGUUCGCCGUUCUGCCAAUUCAUUCAGAGGCG